AUGAGUCGAACAAAUCGUAUACAACCAGCGCGUACUGACAUUCCCCCUGUGAAAUAUGCAGUAAUGACGAUUACUACUCAAAUGGAAAUCCUCAAACAUGUGGAAGUAACACCCUCUACAGAAGAAAUCGCUCCACAACCAACAAACCUUCCAUCUAAAACAACUGAACAAGCACGAAAGUUUCUAAGUAUAAUCACUUGUUUAUUUAUCACCGCAGCAAUUAUUACCCUGGUUAUCUUUCUUAUCGGUGUCAUAAUCACUUUUGCAAAAGCCAGAAGUCAUAGAGAUUAUGAGAUUGAAAGAUAUGAUUUAGGGGAUCUACAGUAUGGUCUAAACACUAUCGACCGAAUGAACCUUCCUUCGCAUACUCAUUUAUCGGAUAUUAACAAAAUACUCGUUCAAAAAUAUUUUUCGGAUCGAUUAUUAAACGAAUCUGGUUAUCGUGGUUUAGUUAUCGAUGGAGUUUCUCUGCAAAAUCUGUCAUUGAGAAGUCAACGCAAACAACGGAAUAGUCCAUGUUCACUGAUUUUCACCCUUCAAAACUUACAGAUCUAUUUCGACCAAUGUUCAGCCUGUGCACACGAUCGACAACGUGCAUUGCACUAUUCGUUUUUCAACUUAACUUCUUUUCACCAACCGCUUCAUUUAAUAAUCGACAAUUUCAAUACCCACCCUCAGAUUUGCUUAACUCCGCACACUCCACCAUCAAGUAUUCCAUUGAAUCGAUCGAAAAUUCCACAUGUAUCACCGAACAAUACAAAUCAUAAAUCAACUACACAAAAGUCACUGACGAUGACCACAACACUUUCCACUCGGCAAUCUCGAAAACAAACGAAACCAUCAAGGUCUACUAUUCCAGCAAAGUCUCGAACAACACGUGGCCAUGAAUUAUCUUCAACGAAGGUAUUUCCAAACACUACAAUCGAAUCGAAUAUCUUUCAAUUUUUUCCAUACAAACCAUCGAACUCUUACUUUUCUCAACACAACACUGCGUACAAAAGAUCAAUCUGA